AUGUUCUCCGCGGCGUCCACGUUCUCCGCGGCGCCCGUCCGGGGCGCCGGCCGCCCCCAGCGGGGCGCGUCGGUGCGCUGCGCGGCCUCUAAGUUCGCUCCAGGGGCCAAGGUGAAGGUCACCGCGCCGAUCACGGUGUACCACGUCCCGAAGAACAAGGACGGGAUCAUGAUCGAGGGCAUGGUUGGCGAGGUGGCGGACGACGUGAGUGAAUACAAGGGCAAGAAACUGUCCGCGACGUUCCCCGUCAAGGUCAAGUUCACCAAGGACAACGGCGCGGACGCCAAGCCCACGACCUUCAUGGUCCACAUGAUCGAGGACGAGCUCACGGAGGCGUGA